AUGGAAGUAGAUGAGCCGGAUAUGAGGGAAGACACCUGCGACUCUCUCGUUCACGUCCGAAGCCAAUAUCCAAACCCUAUCUACUCUAUGCUGCUCUAUAUUCAAAGAUACAAGACCCUGCAUGAAAAGUCUCUAGAAUGGGUUCAGGAACUGGAAUGUCUCUACAUGAAGAAGCCAACCCGCAAACGACGUCGCGCUGAGGAUGAUAGGCCAGCCGGGCCCGCGAAAAGACUGCUAGGGCGGCGCUACAUUAACCCUCUCAACCAUUCUGAAAGAAACUAUGUCGCAGUUUCUUACACCUGGAACCCCGCCCAGGGCGAAGAACAUGCUACUGGUGGAUACUGCGUCGAAACACGGCAGGAACGACAGCCGGUUCUGACAAAAGUGAGGGACGUGGUGCUGAAGCGAGUGACGAAAUACGUCAAGUAUCGCAACUGCGAAAACUUUUGGAUCGACAAGGAGUGUGUCGACCAGGAUGAUCCUGGAGAACAAGAACUUGCGAUACAAUCCAUGGAUCUUGUCUACAGUCUAAGUCGCUAUCCGGUUGCGUUACUCUCCGUGCGCGUCGAGUCAGUUGAGAACUUUAGCCUUUUGCUCGAGCUCCUGAGGGGAGCGUUUGUUAGGGACGAGAAUGACGCGCCAUUUCUGAAACGAGGAUCCGAAAUAAACCGGAAAGCUGAGAAGGCCCUGAAGCUACUGGAUAGAAUUACUUCGGAUCGAUGGUGGACAAGAGGGUGGACCUUCCAGGAGGACUACCGCGCCUCUACGAAGAUGACGCUUCUUAUUCCUCACGAUCGUUCGUUGGAGGCGCAGAAACGAAAUGCGCAGGACUCCGUGAGUGGGAAGCCUUUGUUUGGGAAGCUUAGCGGUGAGCUUUGUGUCAACUCGGCCGACUUCCGCAAAGAGGCCUCUCGAUUCUGUCUCGCGUAUCAGAAGCAACAGAGACAUGAAGAACAGGACGACGCCACUUGCAAAAACAUUCUGAUGCGAGCGGGAAAAUAUACUGAACUACUUCGGAAUAUAUCGGGAGAUGUUGACAGCACAUUCUGCAGAUCCAUGUCCCCCGUCAUCUUCGCUGACAUCAAUUCCCGCGGAAUAGAAAAACAUUCCGAUCGUCUCGCCAUCGCGGCCAACUGCUGCAACUACUCCAUUCGCCUGGACACCAGGGUGCUGAAGACGGAAGGUUGCAGCUUGAGCAUGGCCAUGCUAGCUCUGUACCUCUUCAACGGCGAGAUUAUCAUGAACAACGACGAUGAUAACGAUGGCAGCAGUAGCGCUCCACUCGCGGACAACAUAUCCGACUUUCUGAAGAAGCAGUCUUUGAACACCUUCCAGCCGGCAGUAGAUGAGGGACUCACUUAUAUCAAGAGCUGCCGCUUCAUCGAUGUCCAGUUGGUGAAAGAAGGCGUCCAGACCGCAGGGCAUCUUUGGAAACUUGGCAAGGCGAUUAGCAUCGACCUUGCCUUUAGCCUUCCAUUCGAAGAGGAUUCCCCCAAUGGAUUGACCGAAUUCCAACGGUGUUGUCUAAAGCAGUUGGUCGCGGAGCUGGCAUCCGGAGGGCAAGGCAGACAAUACACGGCGCUUGCUGAAGAUCUUGAUAAUUACCUCAAGGAAGAUGUACGGCUAUCGGAUGAGCAUAAGCCGAGCUUCUCCAAGCGAUUCAAAGAUUGCAUGGCUGGAGAACUCGUCGAGGCUAUAAGAUCGAAAGGAAAGAUACUCCGCUUGGCAUGUCUUGUGAAUCAACUACCAACGGAAGAAUACAGUCCUUACAGCGGAAUCUUUGCCUGUGACAUCGGUGAAGAUGGGACUGCGGGCUAUGUCUUCACAGCUUCACGGCCGGCUGGAGGAGAUUUUGGGGAUAUUGACAAGCACGUUUCUUUGAAAGUCGAUUUGCGGAGUUCCACGAAGGAAGGCUUCCCGCGAUUAUUUACGAAGAGAUGGGUUAACGGGCUGUAUUUCUUUGAAGGGCGUCGGAGGCGAAAGGUCGUAUUCCCUUGGCCAGCAUCUUUAACGAUGUGA